AUGUACCUCUCCCAGCCUCGAGACAUCAUCACUCUCUCGCCAGGAUGUUCUCGUCGCCCCGCUUCCCUCCACUCGUAUUCAGCCGAGCGCGAGCGCCUCUCCUCAAGCACGUCGUGGGUGUCGGACCGUUCCUCCAUACCUAGUCCCGCUUCCGACUCGUCGGCGGCGUGCUUCUCCUUUUCUCCACACCAGGCUCGCGCGCAAGAAAUGCAGCCCAUCACGCGCUCGACCAUCGGCGUGCAUGGCGAGCCACAUGCGCUGUCGUUGGAUCGACUCAAGUUCGACGCCACUGCCGUCCCCGAGCCGAGCAGGCCGCGAUCGCGAUGGAUGCGCUCGCAGCACUUUCAAAACGUCUGGGACAGCCUCGACCCGGGCACCGUCGACACUCGACCGCCGCAUCCCUACACCGAGCUCAUCAAGCUCUGCAUCCUCAAGCGCCGCGAGGGCAAGCUUACCUUGAACCAGCUCUACCGCGAUCUCGAAGACAAGUUUGCCUUUUUUGCCAGCUCCGCCAAGGGCAAAGGCUGGAAGAACACGCUGCGCCACAACCUGUCUACGCAGCCGUACUUUAUCAAGCUCGACCGCGAGCACGGCCAGCUGGGCAAGGGCCACUACUGGGCAUACUGUCCGGAUCUUGAGAAGCCGACGUCGCUUGCGCAGAGCUCCGUGGUGCAGCUCUCGUCGCUCUGGCCUCCGUCGGCCACGUCGGCGUCGGCGUCGCUCUCAGAUGUGGCGACGCGUGGUCUGAGCAGCGCAGGCGAGUGGCCCAUGGCGCCGCCACUCUCGCCUCCGCGCCUGCGACCAUGGACGUCGGUGGAGCGGACGCGCUGGGAGACACACGAUGGCUCGCGCGUGCGCCUCGAGCGACCUCAGUACCUCGAUGCCACGAUGGACGCGAGGGCGAUCGACGGCGCCGCACGUCGCUUUUCCGGGCCCGUGCUGGCACCGCGGGUGGCGCGAGCCGACCCGGUCGGGCUCAUGCGCAUGCGCUCCGCCACCAUCGCCACCGUCCCCGAGCCGCGCCGCGUCUGGCCUCCGCCGUCGUCCGCUUCCUCGCCCGAGUCGGCGCGCGAGUGCCUGCCGUCGCUGCCCGCACUGCCGCAGCUGCCGCCCACUCCGCCACGCACCAGCCUCGGCGACUACUACCUCGCGCACCCCAUCGCCCGUUCCCGCUCCUGA